AUGCCGCAUGCCAGACAAGCCCUUGGGAUACAGGGAAAGUCACAAUAUGCACGUGGUCCAAUGAAGUUCUUGAUGGUCGUUGCAUCGAUUCCAGGGCUCACAUUUCAAGUAGCUCCACCAUCGCCGGCAACGGUGACUGCCCAAUCGAAAGGGGGAAGGACUUCGAUUCUGGCCAAAUCCAAGGCAUCACAAAUGUGGAACCUGCAAAAACUGCACAACCACAAGCAAAAAAAGAAAAGGAAAAGCAGAGAAGACGGAGGCAUCGUUAAGAGUAUGGGAGAUGGUGGUGAGGGCGAUGGCAAGGGGGAUGGGAGCAGUGAGGGCGGUGGCGUGGAGGAUGGGAACAGUGAGGACGAUGGUGUGGAGGAUGGGAACAGUGAGGGUGAUGGCGUGGAGGGUGGAGGCAUCGGUGAGAGUGAGGGAGAUGGCGGUGAGGGCGAUGGCGUGGAGGAUGGGAACAGUGAGGGCGAUGGCAUGGAGGAUGGGGGUAGUGGGCAGGGGGCGUCGGUGAGGGCGAUGGAGGUGGCGGUAAGGGGGGGUGGGGGUGAGAGAGGUGGUGGUGAGGGCGAUGUGGAGGAUCGUCGUCGUCAUUGUUGGCUUCAGCGGCGGUGUCGACAACACCCAGAAUCAUGGCGGCGGACUGAGACUAAACCUCACAAGGAAGAGAUACGCCACUAG